GUCUGAUCCACACUCCGGAGCAGUAAUGCACCAAUAAGCUGGAUGCCAACAGCUGUAAAACAAGACGAAGAAGUGCCUCCCACACUUUUGUCUCCUGGAAAGCAUGGCCCCUCAAAGCACCACAGCUCAGCCCUCCAUGAGUUGAGUGGAACUUAAUGUGAACAAGACCAAGGAGAUGGUAAUGACCUUCUCCAACAAGCAAAGGGAGCUGGCUGCGGUAGUCAUCAUCACUAUCCAUGGGAAGCCCAUAGAGAUUGUUGAGGAAUAUAAGUACCUGGGCAUAAUCUUUGAUAACUUGCUGAAAUUUGCCACCAACACAGACGAGAUUCUCAGGAAAUGCCAGCAGCAGCAGUACCUCCUGAGGAAGCUCAACUCCUUUGGGAUCAGCAAGGACAUCCUCAAAACAUUUUACUACUCCUUUAUUGAGAGCAUUAUGCCAUUCUCCUUCACCUGCUGGUUCCACUCUAUCAGCCUCCCGAACAGAAACCGCCUGCAGAGCACAGUCAAAGUCUGCUCCAAAAUUAUUGGACUCCCUGUCAGAGCCCUCUCCACCCCAUGCGAGCAGCAGAUGCUAAGGUCAGCUGGCAGGAUCCUACAGGACCCCGCACGUAUCCUGUACCCUGUGUUUGAGUGGCUCCCCUCAGGACACCAGCUUCGCUGCCCAGGUUGCAGGACACAGAGGAGAAGGGCAACCUUUGUCCCCAAGGCUGUUCAGCUCCUCAACUCCCAGCCAUCCCUGUCCCUCUGCUCACCCUGUAGCAGUGAGAUGAUGAAUUAUAUACAAGUCCAGUUUGAGGGACAGUGUGCCAAAACCCUGCAUGGCACUUUAUAA